UCCUUCUUUUACAUUUAUUUAUUUAAUCCCCUAAAACCCCAUUUAUUAUAUAUAGUACCCAUUUCUCUCUCUCUUUAACUUCUGUAUUGAGUAUUGACUAUUGCUCUGUGAUCUUUCUUUCUUUCUUCUAGGAGCACCAAUCUCCUAGAACCCUUUUAGUUUCAGCUUUCAAGUUUUCGUUUUUUUCUUUGUCAACUUACACAUGGGGGAUCACGGAAAGGUCAAAUCGGACAUUUCUUUUGCUGGAACUUUUGCUAGUAGCGCCUUUGCUGCUUGUUUUGCUGAGGUGUGUACCUUACCAUUGGAUACUGCUAAAGUUAGGCUUCAGCUUCAAAAGAAGGCUGUUGAAGGGGAUUUAUCUUUACCGAAAUAUAGGGGAUUGUUAGGUACUGUUGGCACCAUUGCAAGGGAAGAAGGAGUAGCUUCAUUAUGGAAAGGUAUUGUACCUGGGCUACAUCGUCAAUGUUUAUUUGGAGGUCUUCGGAUUGGGAUGUAUGAACCUGUUAAAAACUUUUAUGUUGGUAAAGAUCAUGUUGGGGAUGUGCCAUUGUCAAAGAAAGUUCUUGCUGCACUUACAACUGGUGCAUUGGGCAUUACAAUUGCAAAUCCUACGGAUCUAGUCAAAGUACGUCUUCAAGCUGAAGGAAAAUUACCAGCAGGUGUGCCAAGGCGUUACUCUGGAGCUCUAAAUGCUUACUCAACAAUAGUUAGACAGGAAGGAGUUGCAAAGCUGUGGACUGGUCUUGGACCCAAUAUUGGGCGAAAUGCCAUCAUUAAUGCAGCUGAAUUAGCAAGUUAUGAUCAAGUGAAGCAGUCCAUUCUCAAGAUUCCUGGGUUCACAGACAAUGUUGUUACGCACUUGUUCGCUGGCCUUGGAGCUGGUUUUUUUGCAGUUUGCAUAGGGUCCCCUGUUGAUGUGGUUAAGUCAAGAAUGAUGGGAGAUUCAACAUACAAAAAUACCCUUGAUUGUUUUGUCAAAACAUUGAAGAAUGAUGGACCUUUAGCUUUCUAUAAAGGCUUUAUCCCAAAUUUUGGACGCUUGGGAUCGUGGAAUGUCAUUAUGUUUCUGACGUUGGAGCAGGCGAAAAAGUUUGUUAAAAACUUAGAAUCAGCUUGAUGUGAAAGAGAUGGAUCAUCAAGCAGAGGAUUACUAAUAUAUACAUUAAACAUGGAUUGACUCAGCGACCAUUAAAACAACGAUUGUUUGCAACAUCCCCUUUUUUCAUUUUUCUUGAAUAAUUUGUCCCAACGGAGACCACGAGAACUGUGAGAGACAAAACGCAGAGGCGUUUGAUAGGCUUUCCCCUUAAGUGGCCUCUUACAAUUGUUGUAGACACCAAAUGUUGUACCCUUCUUUCCUUUUGGUUACUAGGGGAUUCUACUACUGAUUUAUGGCAAUUGAUUCCAAUGACAAACAAUGAAGAUUCAGCUCGAGCUGUGUUUGCUUCUUGU